AUGUGUGAGAUCACCACCUUCACUGUGCAGAAGAUGGACUCAAAAGCCAACAAUUACAUCAAGGAGAGCUGCCAACUCUGCAAUGCCCCAAAUCCGAGCCUGCAGCACAUCCUGUCAAGCUGCAAAACAGCACUGACCCAGGGUCGGUACAGGUGGCGCCAUGACCGAGUCCUGCGGAAGCUGGCGGAGAUCCUGGAGGUGCGCAGGGCGGAAACAGCCAGGGAGCGCCUAUCACAGACAUCAAGGCGGCCAAUCCAUUUCGUCAGAGAGGGAGGAGGGGCCCCUAUACAUCAACGCAGCCCACAAGAUCCAGCCCUGUCUAGGCAGUUUGAGUGGAUCCUGAGAGUGGACCUCGAUCGGCAGCUCAGGUUUCCAACAGAGAUCACCACAACCAACCUUCGACCGGACAUCAUUCUCUGGUCUGCCACAGCCCAGACGACAGUAAUCUUGGCAGAGCUCACUGUCCCGUGGGAGGGAGGAAUGGGGGCAGCCUUUGAGAGGAAAAAAGACCGGUACCUCGACCUCACAGCCGAAUGCAGAGAGGCUGGGUGGGCAGCUGUCAGCUACCCGGUGGAAGUCGGCUGUAGGGGGUUUGUGGGAGCAUCCACCCAGCGCUUCCUGAAGAACAUGGGAGUCACAGGCCCCAAACUCAGAAAGGCUCUGAAAGACCUGGCCGAGGAGGCUGAGCAGGGAAGCUUCUGGCUUUGGUUAAGAAGGAAGGACCAGGUGUGGGGAAAGCAAGGAAACAUCAAUGAAGGGUGGCUCCCGGCUGAUGACCCUGCAGCUACCCGCAAUGGCACCGUCGGAGGUGCGGCAAGCAGAAAUGCUCAGCAGGCAGUCACUUGCCUGUGCUACCAUCAUUGACAAAAACAAACAACAGAUAGGGUCGACAUAGGUAAGAUGAAAUGCUUGACAUUGUAUAAAAAGGGAAUAAAAGGAGGCUGAGUUACAUUGAUGCUGAGGUGUUUUUAAGUGGAUUUGGUCUUCUAAUCAUUCAUAAUGGACAAUAGUCCAUUCUGUUGGCCUUUCCAUGACAAAAGUCAUUUGUUCUAUAACAUACAUUUCCUGAACUAUUUCUAUCCAUUCAAGGACUGUUGGACUUGUUGUUUGCUACCUGCUAGUAGUAUUUGUAGUAGUUUCCCAAACUGGUCUGAUCUCUGUUACCAACCUACCAUGUAAGAAAAAAUAUUACGGCACGCCCAAAACAAUAUGAACAUGAGCAGCAGACAUAUUACCACACAUUCUGCGUCACUUACCAUGUUCAAGUUUGUUGCUUUGUGACCUUUUUAUUUUUAGGCCUAAACCUUAAAAUCUUUUUCCAGGUGAAUUCCCUUCACAGGUCUGAGCUUGAGGUUGUAGACUGUAGUGUCCUCCAGAUGUUUAACCAUCUUCAGUUUAUUUUAUGUUGGCUUCUUUUUCCCACCUUUUUUUUGUAAAAUGUGGAAAGACCCCUUUCCAAUUGUAAAGAUGAAUAAAUCCUGAAAAUCAAUUUUCUGUCAGUAUUACCCUUUUAUGCUGACCGUCUUUGUUUUAUAAGUCAUAAGUCAUUUUAUUAAUGUUCCAGUGGAAACUGGAAUAAUUCUAUUAUUAUGAUUAUUAUUAUUAUUAUUAUUAGUAUUAGUAUUAGUAUUAUUAAUAUCAUUAUUAUUGGCAUCAUCAUCAUGGAAAGCACUGGACAGCUGAAGAUAGACAGAACAGGGGAGGGAGAAAGAGUGUAGCAAAGGGCCACAGGUCAGAUUCUAACCCAUGGCCAUUGCAGCAGGGACUAAACCUUGGUACAUUAGGGUGGCUGUGGCUCAGA